AUGGAGCAGUUUUCCGUUCAUUGUGUGGUAUACGCCACGGCGUUGAUAUUCGCAGUUCAGUUGAAUUUUGCAGACCCGUCGUCCGCAGUCGAACUCAAAGGAUCCAACGUUUGUACCAGACUAGAAACGUAAGUUUCCAAUACAUAUCAUAAUUAUUUCGUUUUGAAAUUUCAGCUUUUAUAUUGAUAAGUACUAUAUUUAUAAUGAAACUCCUACAUCGGUGUAUUUACCGGGUUGUGUUUACUUUGACCAUAAUUCCUUCAUUUAAACUAUUUUAAAUUUUGUAGUUUUGUGUAGCCAAUUACGUACAAAAUAUGUAUCGUAAUAAAUAAUAAUAAAAUGCAUGAUAGCAUAAUUUUACGAUAGAUGAAUAACAUAGGACCUAUGUAACUCUGUCUACAAUAAAGAUCGGUAAUAAAUAUUCUCUGCGAUGAAGUAAAUGAAAACUUAAUACCAUUUCAAGUCACAAAGUCGAAAACAAAAUUAUUUAUUUAUACCGGCGUUUCUGAGUUGGAUUCCAUGAUUAAAAAUCUACACUAGUUGGAUCUCGGAUUCUCACAGGUAGUACUAGUCGACUAGUACCUUAACAUAAACAAUAAUAUAAUAACAAUAACACAAUAUUCAUCCUAAUGUAUACACAUUUAUAGAAGUUUUAAAAAAUACCUGAAUAAAUAUUUNUGGAAUAAUAGAUCCAGAGUCCUAAGUCUGUAAAAAUGAGAAGUAAAAUAUUUUGCAUUGCUUUUAAAUAUUCGGACAUAACUAAUAGGUAUAUUUCCUGUCGAAAGCUGAUGCCUAACUAGUAUACUUCCCAAUUCCAUUGGGACCCAACUAGUGCACUAUAUAUCAAAACCACUAGGGAAAAUAUAUGGAUAUAAUUAUAUUAUACUAGUCCUUAAAAUAUACGCCAUUGAUUAUUAUUUAUUACAGUUAAACAUAUUUUAGUGUAAUGCUUGAACCAUAUAAAUAUAACGGUUAUGCAAUUAUUAGGCAUUAUUAGCGUGAUAAAAUACCUUACUCUGUAACAAAAAUAAAAAAGCAAUAGUAGGCAAAAGUAGUGUCUACCUAUAAUCGCCUAGGUAGGCACUAUAUUAUUUUUUCGUCAGGGUUAAAUUUAAAUCUGUAUCGUUGUUGUCAUAUCACAUUAUUUUAUUGCUGUUUGUUAUUAUAAUACGAUAAACUUGAGAAGUGAAAAUGCCUACUUUGUUUAAUUAUACGUAAUCAAAAAUUACACUGAUAUCGUUAUUAAACUCUAAUAUCGUUUUGUAACUAAUUAAAUACGAUACGAAAAUAUUUCAUUUGAAUGUCAACAAUGACAGAACUCCAGUUAUUUUAGUGCGUGGCAAAAUAAUUUAAUUAUAAAUAAAAUAUACAGUGUAGAUGAUAUUUUUCGAUUUUAAAUAUUUUAAUUGGCAACACAAUAAUUGUUCUUACAUUGGAAAUUCGUAUUAUGGAUAAUGAUUAAUCUAUCGAUUUUUUUUUUUCGUUUAAAAUCCAAAGAUUUUCUCGGUAAAUUUUAAGUAAUUGUAAUGAUUUACCGUCUUUUUUCAACCAUUUGAGCAUCAUUUUAAUAUUGUCUUUUAUUGUUGUGACUCCACAUUGUAAUUAUUAGUAUUGACUAUUGAUUUUCAAAUGGUCACCUCAUUUCACUACAGAUUCGCACAAAUAAAAUAAUUUUUAAUAUUUUGAUACGCGUAACACUAGUAAUAGAUACACCGUUUAUGGGUUAUGUUAGUUACAAUUUGUAAUCGAAUUUAAAGUAAUACAUUGCAUAUUCUUAUUUAUAUUAUAGAAUCCUCCUUCCCUAAUUUUACGAUCUAAUUUAUCUAUUUACCUAAGUCUUUCGGCGCAAUUGAUAAAUGCCCAUUCAUAUUCUGAUUCCUUACUCACUCCACCUCCUACGGUCACAACCGCAUGCUUUGUUUUAUCAAUAAAGCCGCCUAGUUUAUUAUGAAUAUAUUUGGUGUUAUAUUGUUUUUUUAUGUACUAUUUUAUUUUUAUUUUUGCAUGUAAUCAUCUUAGUUUUAAGUCUAUCAAAAAUUGUAUUUGUACUGAUAUCAUUUCACCUUAAUUUAUGCAUUUUCACAUAUUCUUUGUAAACUGCCGUUUGGCGUUAACCAAAUAAAAUAAAAUGAAAUCAGCUUAUAUACAUAUGAUUAUAUAGAAGCAUAUUUUAUUUUAGAUAACGAAUUUUAACGUUAUUAAUCGACAUGAUAUUUUGGUCUAUAAUUCUAGGGCCAUUGUUUUUCAAAACCGUUCUACAAUUAUUAUUAUCAGUCACAUAAUAUAGUAUAUUAUCUUGUAUAUUUUGUAAAAUAAUGAAAUAUGAUUCAGUCGUAUAACAAACAUUAUUAUUACAGCGUAUGUAUAGGAAUGAAAACAACUUUUUGGUAAUAGUAUAGAAAAAAUCAUCAUAAUAUUGCAAGUAAAUGCGGAAAAAAAAAAUAAAUAAUACUGCUGAUGGAUGUUGUGUUGUGGAUAGCGAAUUGGAGAGGUUUUUAAUAGAAGUAUUUAAUUUAUAUCUUUAACGAUAAACCAUUGCUAAUAAGAAACGAUUCGGCGCGAAGUUCGGUUACAAAUGUUUUGAAAAGCUGUAUUACAAUCUUCGUCAAAAUUUGAUAUUAAAAAUCUUAUAAAAAAAAAAAAACCAACAUUGCACUAAAUUGUUUAAUUCGUGUUAAAUUUUCAAGCAAUUCUGGUUAAUCUAACAAUUUUGUUUACGAAGUACCUACAAAAUACAAAUCUUUAUGCAUUUUUUAAAUGAGUUGCAACUUAUAACAAAAUUUUUUCCGUUAUUUUUACAUUUUUGUACGAUUUUGUUUAAUUAUUAACAACAACUAUAGGGGAUAUUUAAAAAAUGUCUUUAUUACUCGCCAAAUACAUUAAAAAUGCAACAAAAAAGUCUCUUAUUAUAGUUGUGGUUUUUCUAUUGGGGUAACAGUGGUGCUGAACUAAUUUUUUAUAUGUUUGGCAAUAAACAGUUUUAUAGCGUUUCUACCCACCUACCUCUACGCGGUAUUAAACCUCUGUGUAAGUCGUGAGGGGGGGCAUAAGCUGUUGUUGAUUUAAAAAUUGAUUAGAUACUAUUGGUUAUUUACAGUAAAACGAUUGAUUAAAUAGUUAUCUGCUUUUACUACUUCAAUUACACAGUACAUGCUACGGCAGUCCAGCAAUAGACUUGUUCGCGUUAUUUUUAAUAUUAUGUCUACUUUUCCAUAUACUAAUUGUAAAAUAUACAAUGUUUUAUACUAAACUAUUAAUUCUAGGUGGUAUACCCACCACUUAAAAGAGGUUCAGUGUCACUGUGAAGUAAUACCAUCUAAAUAACAUAAGCCGUAAAAAUUUAAAAUAAUGAAAUCGUACGCUUUAAUUUAUCAGUUUUCAUUUUUCUGUUUUUCCCAAACUUUAUGAAAACUACUUUGUGAAUUUAAAAAAAAAAAAACGAAUUAUUUCUUCAACAACUAAAUUAGAACCAUUUUUUGAUUAAAUCCAUAUUCCUAGUACAAAUCAUUGAUGCUAGGAGGUGUUUUGUACCUCAAUUUUAAAAUUAUCACCUUUAAAAUACCGAACAUAUUUUUCUCUCUCUAUCGACUAAAUAUUUUAUCCGUGUAUUUCAUAAUUAAUAAGCAAAAAAAAUAUAGAUUAAAUGCAGGGCUAUAGACAAUGUAUAUGUAUACAAAAAUUAAAGUUAAAAAAGUUACGACAUCUUUUUAUAAAAAAAAAAUAUUAAUGAAAAAAUGCUGUAUUUAAUAUAUCGAUGCGAAAUUUAUAGAUGAAAAAUUACUUACAGGCACAGAAAAAAAACAUCUAAAAUAUUAAUGCCUGAAAAAUGUCAUCAUUUAUGGGAUAUAGCAGAUAAUAAUUUUGAAAUAAUUUUAAACGACAGGCAAAAUUACCAUUAAUUUGUUGAUUCACUCGUAAAAGUAAAUUUUCGAAAUAAUCUCCAGAUUGCCCGAUCCAUUUUUUUGGUUUAUUUUGUAUAUAGUUUAGUUAAAAUGAAUCGAAAAAUAUAGGAAUUUUUGGAAUAUAGGAGUAUUUUAGUAUUAGAUGUUGAACAAAAUGUUUUUUUUUUCGGUUUUUAUUAAAGGAGUAUUAUGAUUUCUUGUUAGUAUAACACGUGAGUGAAAUUCGCAAUAACAAAAAAAAUAUUUAAAAUUCAACGUGUUUUGUAAUUCUAAUUUUUUUGGAGUAGGUAUUACAUUAUAAACUAAAAUUAAUGGUAUACAUUAUACAAUAAUAAUAACGUAAAUAAGUAGGUUUAUACAAUUUUAGAUUGUGAUUGGCAUUAAGAAAAUAUUAUAUUUAAUACAGUCUACAUUAACAUUAUUUAUUAAGAUAAUGCAGAUAAAUUGGGUAUAUUUUAGACUUGGUGUGCAGAAAAAAAAAUUAAAUUUAUUUAAAGUUGAAAAUUAAAUUGCUAAAUCGACUGAAUGUAUAAUAAUUAUAACUAACGAGUAUUCGUUAGAAUAUUUAUUUUAAUACUGAUGUAUUGUUUCAGCCUUGAUAAGUAAUAUUUUCGUAAAACCAACUAAAUUUAUAAAACGGGUUUCAGGUACAACAAAACGUUAAAUGUGAGUGAAGUGAAACCAUACCAAUUACGAGAGUCGUACUUUUGUCUAACGGACUUCAAGUUAAAAUGUUCCAGAUACAGAAUCGUAAUGAAAACCGUUGUUUCACUGCAGGUAAAUAUUACGAACAGUAGGUACACUAGUUUUUAUUUUUAUUUUUUUUUCUACCCUCAAGACCACUCAUCUAAACUCACCUCUACUUAUCCCGAUGGCCAUAAAGCAUUUGCGCAUCGUCUGUUUACCUGUGCCAAAAUAUCGUACAUCGUUUGCGCAUUAACGGCUGAUUAUCGUUUGCGUAUUAUCUGUUUACCGACACUGAAUUAUCGUACAUCCUAUGCCCAUCAACAUACCGAACAAUAGAGGGGUGUAAAAUAACAUAAAGAUAUACGUUUUUGUUAAAUAAGCAUUUUAUGUUCAAAUUUUGACAAAAUCAAUGCAAAUUUCUAAAAUGUGUGUAGUUAUACAAUAAUUAUUCUGUAGUUAAACAUUUAAGAUUUAAUUAAUUUAUUAUAAAUUUGAUUAUUUGAGUAAAAAUUAAUUAAAAGUUAAAAAUGUUUCCUGCCAAGAAGUUAAUUGCGAAAUAGUUUCAUCAUAUGAUUUCGGUAACAUUGGUAAAACUUUUCUAUUAAGUUUUUAUAAGCAUUAAUAAAUCCUAAUUUGUGUUUUUAACCUCCGAAUCCGACAAUUGUAGAUGUGUGUGUUGUCCACGUGUUUCUAAGAUCGUAUAGUUUGGUGUUCGUCAAUUUGUAUUGAGGUAUAAAAAUAUUUUUUUGAACACAUUAACAUAACCGUACAAUUGUUCAGAGUUUUUUUUUCCGUAUAAAAAAAAAACAUUUGGAAAAUGGCCGUAGCUAUUCCUCGAUUUGAAUGAACAAAUUUUAAUCGAUUCAUAGACAAAUAGUAAAAAUUACAGUAUAUAGUGUACGUCUCGUAUGUCGCACGUCUUGACAGCAUCUCACGAGUUUUAUUAUCCGGUAAUCUACUAUCUAGCUUUUGAUACUAUAUUAUUAUGGUAGGCUUUUCGAAAACAGAAAUAAUUAUAUAAUAUUUAAAAAUUUAAUAGUAAAUUUACAGACCACGUCAAGACAUUUAUUUCUGGCUGCGAUACAUACGAAUAAAGUAUAACAUUUUUGUGUUUCGGGGAACGGGGGUUAUUUCGUGAGGGGUGGGAGAAAGGUGAUCAAGGGGGUCGAUUUAAGAACCAAAAUAGAAAAUUCCUAGGAAAGUUAAAAUGCUUCACAACAUCUCAUAAUCACACGAGAAGAGGGACAAUUUAAAAAUAAACAUUUUUGAGAUUAAGAGAUAAGAUUCAUAGAAUUAUCUAAGAUUUUAGAAAUAUGUUUGGAAUAGCUAAUGGGUGUAAAAUGGGAAGGUCUAAACAGAACAUCACAUAGUUGGUUCAAUCACACAAUUGCACAUCAGUAUGCACAGUGUAAUAAUGUACAUGUUGAGCAGUAUUAGGGGGCUAUUAAUGAUUUUAAAAAACAAAUAUAUAUAUGUAUACUUUAUUAUGUAGGUAAGUUCAAAUGAUUGCUUCUAUGCUAUACGGAGGUCGUUUUUCUUCUUGAUAAUUUGGAAAUAUUGAAAAAGCUCUAUGUGCAUUUUUAGUUUACCGAUGUUUGGAUUAUAUAUCCCCUUGUACAUUAUCAUGCAACGUUUAGUAACCUAUUUAUAUUAUAGUAGGAUCUAUAUAUACGGCCACGUGCAUUUAUUUCUAUAUUAGUAUUAUAGCCACGUUAAAUUAUAAAAUAUUUGUAUCGAUUAAAAACAUCUGCUACGGGUUUAUUUAUUCCACUUUAAGUCACAUUAUAUAAUAUAAACUAUACGUACAACUUUUUAAAUAGCUAGUGAUAAUAGCAAAUUAUUAAUAGAGUUUGUGUAAAAAUUAUACUCCUUAUUUUAUUAGACGUUUUUAUCUGCAGUAAGUAGUUUAUAAUAUUAUACGUAUUAUAAUAGCUGAUAUAUUUUCAUAUACUUCUUAACGGGAUAGACUAUAUCUGAUAUAUUUGACAUCAUGCUUCAAUCAGUUUUAAAUAAAUACAUUUGUGAUUAUUUAAAUUAUUAUAAUUUUGUAGGUCUUAGAAAAGAAAAGAAUCGUUGAAGAAUGUUGUGAAGGAUUUGUUGUGUCACCAAACGGAACUAAUUGUAUCCCAGUUUGUCAGUAUCCUUGUGAACACGGUACAUGCGUAUUUCCAAACACAUGCAAGUGCGAUGAAAACUACGGUGGACCGUAUUGCAAUAAAAGUAUGAAUUGUUAAUCAUUGAGUUUUUUCAGAUGAAUAUCAAUUUAUUGUAAUUUUGUUUAUUUUCGUUUAGCGUGUCCACCCGGGAAAUUUGGUGAAUUUUGCACCGAAAACUGUCAAUGCGAAAACGGAUCGCCGUGUGAUCCGUACGAUGGACGGUGCAAAUGUCUAACAGGCUGGAUAGGCAGAGACUGUUCUGAAAAAUGUUCGCCUCAUAAUUUUGGUAUUGACUGUCUCGAAGAAUGCCCCUGUAAAAACGGCGCAAUUUGUCAUCACGUGACUGGAAAAUGUGAUUGUCCGCCAGGAUUCAGUGGUCCGCUGUAAGAGUUUAAUAAUAUUUUUUAAUUUAUAAACAUUAUUGUGGCUUAUUAUUAAAUUUGUACAGUAUAACUUCCGUUAACGAUCACCUCUAAAAUACGGUAACCUCUUUGUAAUGGUUAUUUUUUUGAUUCCAUCUAGCUUUAUGCCUCCAUAGGAAACCUCUAAAGGAUGGUCACCUCUAAAUAUCGGUCAUUAUUUUCGGUCCUUUUGGUGACCGUUACAUAAAAGUUUUACUGUAUUUGAAAAAGCUGUCCUAGGAUAAUGGGGACAAGUGCAGCUACUGUUAUUAUAGUGACAAGUUGGAAAGGUAGUAAAAGGGAAAUUUAAUGUAUAUCUGUAUGCAACGAUUAACCAUUGCUAACGAAAAACGAUUCUGAACGGAAUUCGGUUGAUAGUGUUUCUUUGUCCACAAUAUAUAUUAUGACAUAUUAUAUAUUUUCUUUAAUAAUAUAUUUGUUUAAUAUUGUACCUAUUUUCCCUUUUUUUCUAUGUUUUUCUCAUUGGGAAAACUCCUAGAAAAAUUAAAAAAUGACCACCCUAAAGUACUUCUCCAGUCCGAUUUACUUUCAGAAAGAGUGCUAUCAUUGUAAACAAAGCAAAAUUGCUGAUAGAAAAGUUAUCCACGGAAAAAAUAAUUAACAUCAUUGUAAAACUAAUACAUUCCUAGCUCCACUCAGAAUCUAAAAAAUACAUAUAGAGUGUGUUGAGUUCGUUCUAGAUAGGUAUAUAUAUAUAUUUAUUUUAUUCUGUUAAAUGGGAAAUAAGUUACUAAGAUAAAUAAUAAUAAUUCUACACAAAUUGAUGGAUAGUAUUUUAAGUUAGAAUUAAUAGGUAAAAUAUGUAAUUUAUAUUAAAAUAUUAAAAUGGCUUCUAAAUUAAUUAUUAAAUUACAUCAUUACACAAUAUUUUUAAAAUUUACCAUAUCUGAUAGGAAUUCAGGACAAAAUCCUUCCGAAAAAAUACAAAUAAAUAAAGAGGCUGAAACAAUGUAAAUGUAUUUUUCUUGAUAACUUUUCCUUCCCACUUCUUCAGUCAUAAUUUUAUUUAACCUAUCCUGAACUAUAGUACAUUUUUUAAGAUGCACAAUAAUUAAAAUUCAUUAAACGGACUUAUUUAAUAAGUUGUUUCGAGUAUAUACUUAUUUACUUAUCUAUAUUUCACCACGGGUCUAUAAUACGGCUCUUGUCAUUUUAUUAAUUAUAUAUAUAGAGUGAUUUAUUUUUACCAUGAACUAGCAAUUAUGUCAGAAGAUUUUAAGUGAAUUUCAUUUCUGUUUUUUUCUAAUCAUCGUGAAAUCGUAUAAUUUGUUUUAUUUGUCUAUCGAUAACUCUUUAUUGCCCUUCCCUAUUCCUCCGGUCUAAACAUUAAACUAUUAUAACUCAUAAACGGGCCACCUGAAAUUAAUGUAAUGCAUAUCAAAAUUUAUAGAAAAAUAUUCUCUAUUCAAAUCUGUGUUCAAAAAGGGGGGGUCUUAUUUGAAAAUCAAACAUAUGUACUUAUAUGUAAGGUAUGUGUUAAAGGGGUAAAAUAUUAAACAUUGUUUUAAAAAAAGACAUAAACGAUUCCAUGAUGGUUUGGUAAAAACAGAAAUCAAGCUCACUUAUAAAAUCAUCUUAAAUAAUUGCAGGUCCAUGGAAAAAAUCACCCUGCAUAUAAAUAUAAAAGCACGAAUAUUGCAUUAAUUUUAUGAUCCUUGUUAAUUACUUAUAUUUGUUUGAAUUUAAAUUUUAAAUCUCAACUUUUUAAAUCAUUUUUGAUAGUAAAUAGAUAGUAAAUAUAAUGUAUUACAAUAAAAAAUCGUAAUUAAUUCAUAUUUUCUAUCAGGAAUCGGAAAAUUGUAAUAAUUAUACUAAAAUAAUUGCAAACUGUUUUUCCAUUUUAAUAUUAUUAUUAUUUUCAGUUGUGAUCAAAUAUGUUCAGCGGGUCAUCAUGGAGACGAGUGUCAAAGCGAAUGUAAAUGUCAGAACGGAGGCACAUGUAACGCGACAACAGGUCAAUGUCACUGUAACUCAGGAUGGACUGUAAGUAACACAAUUUAUAUUUUAAAGAUUAUGGAUAUUACGAAUCUAACCUAUAAUAAAAUAGAAUCGUAUUUAAUCGAAUGCCCUUCGUAGCAUUUAUUUAGAAAGGAUUUUUACAAAUUAAAUUUAACAUAGUUAGUUAUUUAUUCAGCGAUAAGCUUUAUUCAUUUUUGUCUAUUCGAUUGUUAAAUUUAAUCAGACCGGAAUAAAAACCAUGAUUAUUUAACUGUGUCCAAAUAUACUGUGUCCAAGUAUAGCAUUAAUAGUUUACUUGUAUAGUUUCUUUGUCGCGUACCACGCUUUAUUUUAAUGUAGUAUUUUUUCUUAAAAAUAACGAUUUCAAAUAAAUACAUUCAAAUUUUAGAAAACAAACAAACAAAUAUAUCAUCACGAAAAUAUACACUGAUUUUUAUUUAAUUCGUGAUCAUAAUUUUAUAACGAUUUUUACAUAAAACGUAAUUGUUAUUCAGUGUAAUCAGUUUUUAGAGAAAAUAUACGUAAAUGUGUAAAGUUGUUAAUAAUAAUUUUAAUAAAAUACAAAUCAACUAGAUCGGUUGAUAUUUAUAAUAUUUAAUUUUCUAAUAGUAUGAUACCUACUUAAUUAUUCCAACUUGAAAUAAUCUUCUUGAAAUGAAGUCAACACAGAUAGCGAUAAUACAAGGCACACAUUUUAAUUCUCUCACAAAUGAAAAAAAUAACCUGCAUUUAUAUUUUAAAAACUUUAUACUUUAUUAAGUGCAUUUAUUCAACAUAAAAAAAUAUACUAACGAUACAAACAGAGCAAUAUUAAAAUAUGCAAUGGUCAUUAAAUUUAAUAAACGGAUUGAUUUUUUAAAAAUACUCACCUCUUUUUUGUUUUCUAUCACAUACAAAAUGAAUGAAUAAAUUAUGAACUUUAAAAUAUUAUUAAACUACUUAACCUUUUAUAAAUUCUGAACGAAACUAUGAGUACAUUAAGUUAUACUGUGAAAUGUAAUAUUUCCGGUAUCAAUUUUUCUACCAAAAAUAUUGCUUCAGUUGAAAAACAAGGAGUUUUUUUGUUGCAAAUUGUAUCAAUUUGAUGUAUUGAAAAGGUCAUUUUUUGAUUUUUUUAUAUUAUCUUUUGGUAAAAACUGUUAGUGUUAUUUUCGAUUUUGUUUUCUUUAUAAUUCAGGUGAAAAAUAAUUAUAUAAAACUACAAUUUGAUGGUUUUUGAGUUAGUUUUAGUCAAUUGUAUGUUUCUAAUUUUGAUAAAAUUGAAUAAAGUAAACAAAAAUAUUUUAGCUUCAUAAAAAUAGUUCAAAAUUGAUUACUAGUUUCCUCGCGAGUUUUUAAUAAGUUCAAAUUUCAAUUAACAAUUAAAACAAAUAAUUGUAUUUUGCAUGCCAUUUUACGUUUUAUGUAAAAAAUUAUAUUGAUUAUCCAUUAAUGCACAACAAAACAAGACACAAAACUCACAAAAUUAUUAUAAUUUAUUUUCUGUUUGCAAGUUAAUAACAUUUUUAAUUUAAGUUUAUUAAAAUAUGUUUCACCAAACUUCAAUUAGAAUCUUUUUUAUUAACAAUGAUAUAUGUCUUUGCAUAUAGGUAUAAAUUAAAUCAUCCUACAUAGGAGGUCUAAUAAUGUUAUCCUUAUGCUAAUAAUUCUGUCUGUACCUAUUCAUUUUUUUUUUUCAAUCAAAUUUUUUGCGAGGGAGGUAUAUAUGUAGAGAAAAAUUAUAUUUUUAUUUUCAUCCCUUGAUUAUUGAAAACAAAUAAAUUUGUAUUUAAUCACUUUUCACAAUUUUCAAAAUAAUAAUUUUAUAGAAGAUAUGGAUCUAAAAAUGUUAAUGUAACAUACAUUCAUAUUUGAUCAAUCAAGUUUCUUAGUGAUAAAUGUUUUAAUUUCUAGAAAAUUGGUGUGAAAACAAUUAAUUUUUAAUAGAAAAAUACGUUACGUGAAAGAAAUUAUAACUAGCAAGGUUGUUUCUUAUCUUUUAUUGAAUAUUUAUUGUUUUCGUAUCAAUUUUCUAGAAAAUAAAACGGUUAUUAAAUUGAUCGUAUAUGAAUUUAUGUUACGUUUAAAUUUUUAAAAUAAUAACAUUCACAAAAUCAUUAUUUUAAUAUUUUGAAAAGUGAUAAAAUAAAGUUUUUUUUCAAUUAAAGGAUAAAAGUAAAAAUAGUGAUCUUUCUAUGUGUCUCCUUUGCAAAAAGACUCGAUUGAAAAACAAAAUGAAUAUUUAUAGAUUUAUUAACACAAGAUAACACUGUAUGCCACUCUGUAUAUCCUUUCUUCCCAACUUCUUAUUUACAACAUUUGUACAGGCUUGGUGUGAGUAUGUCUGCUUUUUUAGAUUGAGAAGAUAUUUUUAAACCCGGAAAGGCAAGCAUACCAUGAAAAGGGGGGGAUUAUUAGAGUUCCUGCUUGAUAUAUUUACGUAUGAUGUCUAAUGGGUAUUAAAAUAUUUGAAAUUAUGUUUUUCAUUUUAACAGCCUCGUUUUAUAAUAUUAUUUUAUCCGAACACGUAUGAUGCAAAACAUAAUUUUUAUUCACGAUAUCGUCUAUUUUUAUGGUAUUAAAACCAACAAUUUAAACUAUUUGGUUGAAAAAUUACUGUAAAAUAUAAUUUUUUUAAGCAUGCUCGUUCUCAUGCUUACAAAAUCACUUUGAAAUACCUUUUAAAUAAAAAAAGGGGAAACAAACUCGCAUUUAGACUGUGCAAAUGUUGUAGGUGAGAAGUUUAAAAGGAUAAAUCGAUUAAUUUAAUUUAUAUUUAUACUCAAAGAUAUAUCAUUGCUAACGAAAACAGAUUUUCAAAGUGAGUUACAAUGGUUGUCUAUGUUUUUUUUUCUCAUAUUGUUGAGAUCUUUUCAUUUUACUUUUGGAUAAUCAAUACAAUUUUUAUACAACCAGAAAAUAGCACGCAAAAUAUUAUUUUUUUUUUCUAAAUUUAUUUUUUGAUAAUUGUAGAACUACUUAUAAAUCAAAUUUUAAACUAUUUUUUUGAAUCUAAAACAAUUUUGUCUACUUUAUCCGAUUUCAUCAAAAUUAGAAACAUAUAAAUGACUAAAACUAGCUUAAAAUCAUCAAAUUGUUUUAAAAAGUUACCACCUCUAGAAAAGGUUAAAAUAUGUUUUUGGUAAAAAUUGUAAUCCUCUGCAAUUAUUUUAAACUGAUUUACAACAAAAACAAAAUUGAAAAUAACAGUAGUAGAUAACCGUUGUUGCGUAAAUGUUCCUUUUAGACGACGUUUAUUCUCAUUAUUAGGAAAAUAACAUAAAAAAUCAAAAAGUUAUCUCCUUAAUGCACCAACAAGAUCCAACUUGAUAUAAAAAGCCCCUUGUCGUUCUUUGACAGAAGCAAUAUUUCUGGUAGAUAAAUUAAUAUAUAUAUAUAAAAAAAAACAUUUAAUAGUAAAACCUAGUGUAUUCAUAGUUUUUUUCAGAAUUUCAAAAAUGUCGAGUAGCAAAAUAAUAAUUAAAAGUUUCCAAUUUUUCCAUCGAAUUUGUACGUGGUAGGAAAACAUAAUGUUAGCGGAACAUAAUCUUUUUACAUUCAAGCUCCGGGGCUCUUAUGUUGUGCAAUGUAGUAAUUAAAGUGUGCUGCUGACAUUAUUUUAUUACUGUUUCAUGCAAAUUAAUACUUUUUAUUCGCGUGCACUAAGGUCAAAUACUAAAUUUAUGUUGACUUAAAUUUUAACGAAAAGUAUUUAUAAACGGCGAUUUAUUUAUAUUAUAAAAUAAAACAUUUAUUUUUAGGGAUUAGUGUGCGGAGAGAAAUGUGAACCCGGAAAAUGGGGGGUCAAUUGCAGUAAAUCCUGUGAUUGUUUCAACGAAGGAAACUGCCAUCACAUUACUGGACAAUGCAAAUGUAUGCCCGGAUAUUAUGGAGAAAAAGUAAUAAAAAAGGAUUUUUAUUUCCUUUUUUUCGUAUCGUAUGACGGAGCAUAGUUUAUAAUCCAGAAGUGUAAUUAAGACUAGAUCGUGGGGAAUUAAUUUUUUGUUAUAAAAUUAUAUUUGCAGAAAUCUUUUUUUUUUAAGUGAUUAUAAUAAUAAAUCUGCUUUCCUUGGCUUUAUAACUAAUUCAUUUGAAAUUAUCAAUAUGAUCUAUCAAUACACUAUUUUGAACUGCCAACAUAGUUAAUUCAUUUAAUGUAUUCUAAUUUUAGUUGCAUUUAAUAAUAUCUAAGGUUCUAGAAUUGUUGUAAAUGUGAUAACAAAAAGUUAUCAUAUAAUCAUUUUCACAAAACAAUUAUUUUUUAUUUAAUAUAUGUAGUAGUAUCUACUGUAAAAAAAAAUUCCAAGAGAGAAUUGGAUAAACAAAGCCCCGUGAUAACGUCACCGGUUUGUAUUCGUAGGUAUUUAAUAAUUAUAAUAUAUUUGUAUUAUUUUAGUGUAAAGACAUUUGCCCGGAAGGAAAGUACGGUUUGAAUUGCUUGAAAAAUUGUACUUGUCCGGAAAAUUCUAAUUGCAAUUCGAAAACCGGAAAAUGUAUGUGCAAAGACGGUUGGAGGGGCGAUAAAUGUGAUAAACGAAUAUGCCCAGACAAUCUUUACGGAGAGAGAUGCGACAAAAUAUGUGAAUGCGUUACUGAAAAUACUAUCUCGUGAGUACAAAAAAUUAGUUAUCCUAAACAAUAACAUUAAAGAAAUUAAAAUUUUUUGUUCUAUUUAUUACGUAGUAAUAUUUAAAAUCUUAUAUAUUUUUGAUCAUAAAUCAUAAAAUAUUAUUAACAUUUCUUUAAUAUUAUUCCACUUCGGGUUGCAUAAUCUACUCGUAUUAUACAAAUACUAAACGUACUAAUAGUUAAUAAAACAUUGAAAGACAAAUCAUUGUAUUAAAAUUGUUUAGUUGUCAUCCGUGGACAGGCACCUGCGAAUGUGUAUCUGGUUGGGACGGUCUGACGUGCUCUAGACCUUGUCCAUUAUAUACUUUUGGAGAAGGAUGCCGGAGAAAAUGCGUUUGCCACAACAACGCGCAAUGUAUGGCCAAUAAUGGCACUUGUAUUUGCGGUCCAGGUAAGUCUAUAUUUGUAUUAUGUAACACCAAGACGUAUAUAAAUAUAAAAAAAAACCGUAAUUAUAAAUCGUUGUGAACGAAAAACGAUUCUGAGUGAAGUUUAGUUGAUCAUAUUUUAAUAAAUUUCAAAAAGUAAAUUUCUAUUGCAUUAAUUUAUAACUACAAUCCGAUUUAUGUGAAUAAGUUUAUCCACAUAAAUCGAAUAAUUUUUAAGACUUCCAUAAAAAUUUGAACUUUAAUGCUUAUAAGAAAUAAUUACUACAUAACGUUACUUUCUUUUUUUAUAUAACUAUGUACAAUAUAUGAUAAAUUUAGUAUCAAAUUUUCAAAGAUUUUAAGUUUAUUAAUAUAAUUUUAUUCACACAAAACCAAAGAUAAAUUUGAAAAAAAACUAUUUCACAUAUACAUGUACAUAAUCAUGCGAAACUAGAGUAACUAGACAAUUUUAUUGGGGCAGACCAAAUAAUAAGUUUGAAAAUAAAUUCUUAAGGUUCUAAAAGUAAUUCUAAACUAAUUCUAAUUCUAAGGUUGGGUUAUCGAUCAUAACCCACUUGUAAUAAAAAUGAACAAAAAAAAAACAAUUACUUAUAACAUACAAGUAAAGGUCAAAUCAUUUGUAUACGAAUAUUUUUAUCCAAUCAGUAUUAGGUCAGACCAUGGCUUGACUAGCCUGACCCAUAGUUUCGCCUAUGUACAUAAUAUCAAUACACAACUAUAGUCCAGUAGUACUUCCUGUUCAACAAACACAAUUUAAAAAUAAAAAAUUAAGCACACUCAUGUACAGUAAUAAUUUAUUUAUUGUAGCUAGUAUCUUGUACUACUUUUUCUCAUUAAAUAACUUUGUGUUACCUAAUUAAUAAUGAAUUGUUUAACAAAACUGUAAAAAUUAAAUAAAUUAAACUUAACGUGUAAAAUGUGUAUACCGACAUAUUUUAGGUUAUCGCGGAAUUUCGUGUAACAUAACCUGUCCCGAAGGCAGUUACGGCGAGAAUUGCUCUAACCAAUGUCAAUGUAACAACGGUGCCAAGUGUUCCCCGGAAACCGGUAUGUGUAUAUGUCCGCCCGGAUGGAGAGGACAGCAGUGCGAUACACCAUGCGAGAAAUCGUAUUACGGUGAACAUUGUAAAAACGAAUGCAAAUGUAAAAACAAUGCGGCCUGCAGUCCUAUUGAUGGUAAAUCAAAAUAUAAAAAUCGAUUUUAAUAAGAUAAGAUAAAAUGUUAAAAAAAAAAAUUCUUCACAAGUUAGCAUCCGAUAAAUUACUAUCUUAGCGAUAUUUACAAUACAAAAAAAAAAUUGUGUUGCAUUUUUUACUAUAUGAUCAUUAUUAUAUUUUUUUCGUGUCAAGACAAAACAAACUGAAUUCGAGAACGUUCAGCGAAGGUAUACAAUAGACGUGUACAAUGGAUAUGACCCAUAAUUUUCCGAGUUGAAGACAUUAAAUUCGUUUAGCUUAAACUCUGAACGGAGCGAGGAAUGUAUUGGUUUUAUAAUGAUGUUUAAUUUUUUAUUUUUUUCUAUGGUUAACUUUUAAACAAGUAAUUUUGCUCCAAUUUUCAAGUGUAGAACUUUUUCUAAAAGUAAAUUUGACUGGGAUGGUACUUCAAGAACAUUGUGUUGAUUUUCUCAGCCAUUUUCAUAAUGCAUGGGAAAAAAACAUGGGAAAAACAAGAAAAUGUACGAAAUUUAUUAUUUUUAAAUCGUAAAUAUUACAGCCUUUUAAAACAUGUAUAACUUUUGUUAGCAAAGAUUAAUCGUUGCAUACAGUUAUACAUUAAAUUCCUCUUUAUAUCCUACCUUACCAACUUCUAACCUACAACAGUGACCCGCCCAUCGUGCAAAGUAUGUCCGUCUUUUUUUAAGGCUUAUUUCUUGUAAGAACUAAAGAAAAUAAAUAAUGAUUCAUCUUAUUUUUAUAUAACUGCCCAAUAUUUCAUUUACAAUGCCAAAGUUUGUGUAGAACUGUACGUUAGCGAUAUAUAAACUACUUAUACAAUAUUAUUAAGAAGUUUAAAGUUUCACUUUUGCGUCAUCGUCACUAUCAAUAGUUUACCUAAUAUAAAUAAUUGAAAACAAAAUAUAUGAAUUCUAAACAGUUGGCCGUAACUACUCAUUAAACUAUAAUAAAUUAAUAUGGGUUUUAUACUCAUAAAACUUAUAUUACUUGUAGGUGGUAAUUAGUCAUUACUACUAAUCUGCUGUGUUAUAAGUGUUUUUGACAUGUUGACGCAGUCGUACAUAUACUCGAAAUUAUAAUUUCUUUAAAAGAAAUAUGAUAUUUUAUAUUUAUAAUGUAUUAUACGAGUAUAUUGAUUACAAGUUAGUUAAUAAUUUUCUAUAGAUAAUAAAGAUCCCAUUUAUCUAUUAUAAUGUUUCGUACCACUUCUAAAAGAUUAACUGAUUGAUAAUAAGCGGGGCAAAUAUGUUUUCGGUUUAUCGAUUGUUUAAUAUCUCAAUAAUACCAAAACAAUAAAAUUAUUAAAAACUCUAAUUUGAAGAAUCCAUUUUACAAUAUUAAAUACCACUUUUGAACUGAUCGGACAAUGUGCCGGUGCUGUGUCAAGUUAGCACCGGCAAAGUUGAAGUUUAAUUUAUAGCAUUUCGGAAGACUAGUAAAUUCUAGCAAAUUCCUAACAAUUUUUUGGUAUUAGUUUUAUAGGCUUUUGCAUAAUGUUCCGGUGUAAACUUGAUGGACAUGUUUCUUCCGUAAAUGUGUAAUAGGUCAUAUUUUGUGUAAAUUUAAAUUUUAAAACGAGGAUACAUUGUCUAUACAUACAAAACUUUAAAAUAUUAUAAUAAUUAACAUACAAUUAUGUGGCUUGAUGCAAUAAGAACCUAUAUAUAAAAAAAAAAAAAAAUAGUUGAUACUGGGGACGAUUGCGGCCGCUAUUGUAAGUUGGUAGUUGAAAAAUUGAUAUACAUAAAGUUAUUUCAUUUAUAACAUUAACCAACGAUUAACCGUUACUUACGAAAAACGAUUCGGAGUGAAGUUCGAUUAUACAUAUUUUUAAAGGCCGUAAUAUUCACGAUUUUAAAAAUUUAAUUAUACAACUUUCAUAAAAAAAAAUAUAUAUAUACUAUACAUAACAUUCAUUUCUUUUUUUUUCCCAAUAAAUGUGACUUAUUAUGUAGGUACCUCUUGUGAAAUGUUCAAGCAUUUCUGUUUAGUCUAAACAUUUUAUACACAGAGUACCUACCAAAUAAAAACUGUGUAAAAAACUCGAUAAAUAAAAAUUUUACCACGUAUAUAAAAAAUAAAUAUAAAUUUAAUUUUAUUGUAUUUUAAAAUUAAAAAAAAAAUAAAUUAAUACACAUUUAUUCCCCGACUAUGUAGUGUUACGCGAGUUUAUAAUAUUGUAUGUAUCUGACCCUAAAUAUUGCACAACCGAUUUAGUGCCAGUGUACGCCAGUAAAUUAAUAAGCAUCCUGUUAAUACAUUUAUCAAAUUGAGCUAUGUUAAAAUGAUAGACCACUUCUUUCAUAUAUGAUAUUAUAAUAUAGUAUAUUCUCACGCUCAACUAGUUUCUAACAACACAAAAAAACAACUUCAAUGAUUUUACUAAAUGGAUCACUAGAUUCAACAAUAUAUUGUGUAAUUAUUAUUAUUUUGUAGCGUGAUAGUAUAAUAGCUAGUAUUAUACAGACUAUUAAUUAUUCAUUGAUCAUGAUGGAUUUUAAGUGAAUUUUAAGUAAUUUUUUUUCAAUCAUUGUUGUGAAAUUGUUUGAACAUCAUGUUACCUACCAGCCAUACUCCUUGUGUUCUAAAUUAGUAAACAUUUUUAGUUUUUAACCCUACCUCCUUUUAAACACGGAUACAAACAGAGAAAAUUCUUUUACGAAAAUGUUGAUAUGCACAAAACACAAUAUUGGAUUUACUGUUUAUGAGUUAUAAUAACAGUUUAAAAUUUUAAUAGAAGAAGGGAAGGGUAACAAACUAUUCAUAUCCAUUUAAAAAUAAUAAAUUCAUAAUCCUUUUCUACUCCUAUACACAUCGAAAUGUUUUGAAAAAUAUUCUCUCUUUGACACUGUGUUUAAUCGGGAGGGGGGGGAGAGGAUAUUGUUAUUUAAAUGGCAUGUUGUUUUAGCCGGUGAAGGAUAACAAUACAAAUUACAUGUAGUAUAUAAUACAUACUAUAGCUUUUUUAACUCCAUAAGUACAAAAUAUUGAAAGAUGCUUAACUUGUAAUAAAUCCUGAACUAUUUAAAUGAAAAUUAAAUUUAUUUUGAAUUUAUUGCAGCAUAUUUAUAUUACAUACCUAUUUGUAAAGUUGGCAAUGUGACUCGCUAAUUACUGUAGUUGCUGUUAUGUUCAAGGUUUUUGUAUAAAAAUACAAUUUAUUAUGUUGAUCUGUCGAGUACAGUGGUAAACUCACGAGGGGUUGGUAGAUCCAGAUACCGAUAUAAUUUCAUAAUGGCGUCUAGAUAAAUAGAUAAAUAGAUGUCGUAAAUAGAGACAUCCAUUUAUACUUUCCAUUAAGAUACCUUUGAAAUACAUACGGUUUUCAGGACCUCUUUUGGAAAAAUUUUAAAAAUUUGCUACUGGCCGAGUACAAAAUAACUUAAAAGUGACUUAAGAUCUAUUAGAAAAUAUUAUUGUUUGCCGACAAAAAUAUUAGGUUCAAUGCGGUUUUAUAACGAGAUCGCGGUUAAUUGUUAUCUAUUUUGAUGAAUAUUGCAAGAUUAAAGUAUGCUAUAUUAUAGUGUUCGUAAUAUUAUACUAUUAUACAGUUAGUUUAACCGUCGGAGGUGUUUUUUACAGGUUCUUGUACAUGCCAACCGGGUUAUACCGGUGAUACGUGCGACACGGUCUGCGAUGCCGGAACCUACGGUAUACAAUGCAAAGAGACGUGCGAAUGUGUAGAAGACAACACGGAGUCGUGUAACCCAGCAACAGGCGAAUGUAAAUGCAAAGAAGGCUGGCACGGUAACUAUGAAUAAUAUAAGAAAUAUUAUUAUAAUGGCGGUUAUUAUAGUGCGGCCGAGAUUUCAUUGUCCGUAGAAAUAUUAAGUCGGGCAUUUACUGUUGAUGAAUUGAUGAUGACGUGCUAAUCUAACCAGAGUAUUGUUUUAAUUAAAAUAUUAAACUAUUUAAAUUAUUAAACUUUUUACUAUCCAAACAAUGGUGGUAUGAAUUAAAAUAUUAAAGUUUAAACGUCAGUAUAGUAUAUUAGGUACCGGAAUAAUAAUAAGAUAAUACUUAUACUAUCCCACUAUAUAUAUAUAGUAUGUAUAAAUGUAUAUCUAUGUGUUAAUUUAUCGACAAACGAGUUACACCGUUUUUGGAGUUUCUUUUUUGUUUUUAACAGCUGUAAAUAUUUUUUUAAAAGAUUUUAAAAAGGUUGGUGGAAUCGUGGUUAUAAUAGUAAAAUCCGAACAACAUUAAUCAUAGUUAAAUGCCUCGAUUUCAUUAAAUCAUCAAUUUAUUUUUGGUGAAGUCGGGCAUAAGUACAAUGGUAUUUUUUUCCUAUAAAGGUACCCAGAAAAAAUACAUUGAAAUUUAAAAAUCCGGUUUCGAAAAAUUGUUGUACUUAUUUGGUAGGUAGGUCGCAUUAUAUUAGUAUUACAUUAUAGUAUGUGGGUAUUAUAUACAAGUACCGUAUCACCUUUUCUUUACGGUAUCAUUAUCCUGCCACAGGUGUGAAGUGCGAAACGAUCUGCCCUAGCGGCCAGUACGGUGACUUAUGUCAAAGCGAGUGCAAUUGUGACAACGACAGUUCGUGUGACCAAUCAAGCGGCGCAUGCACUUGUACUCGGGGCUGGGAAGGGCCCAAAUGCAAUCUGCCGUGCAAGCCCGGCAAAUAUGGUUACGGAUGUAAGGAAAAGUGCCCGGAGCGGAAUACAGACGGUAAAAUAAUAAUAUUAUUAUUUAUUUAAACGGUAGAAAGGCUUUUAAAUAUAAUAUAAAUAAAAAUAACUAUAAUUAUAAAUGUAAAGUACAUUUUUUUUACCGGUAAAUUACUUUUUACCAAAAGAGAAUGUUACUUGAUUCCGCUAACCAAAUCUAAUCAAAAAUGCCUUUCAUGAAUUGCCAAGAUAUAUCUACUUCGACAUGGUACAGUAAUUCGAAUAUGAUAAGAAUCAUUUUCAGUAACGUGGCUCAGUCACAUAUUAACAUACUGCACUCAAAAUGAAAGCCUACACGACGUAGUUUUAUAUGAUAAAAAUCGGAGUUAAUAUUCGAUUAAUUUCCUACAUUUACUUACUUCCCAUCGUUUCAUCUGAGGUCUCAAACGAAGUAAUUUUACAAUCAAAUUUGAACAUAGAAAUUAAACAUUCGGGCCGUAUUUAUUCGUCCUUUACCGUUUUCGAAUAAUUGUACCCAUCUCAAUGUCCUUUAACAACUAAUAAUAAGUACCAAUACAAAAAUAAUUAUUGUACUUAUCAUAUUAAUUAUUGUACUUAUCAUAUUUUCUGUUUAAAAUAUUAAUUUUUAAUUUAUAAUAGAAAUAUAAAUAAUUAAAUAUUCCUCUUAUGUACCCAUUGAUAAAGAGAUGUUUAGUUCUUUAUUAUUAUUAUUAUUAUUAUUAGAAAGAACAAGUAUACAAUUAUAGAAAUAACAAUCGUAUAAACUAAUAAAAACGAUGGUUCUAAGAUUUAGCUAUUUAACCUUGUGUAUAAUUUUAUUGGUAAAUUUACCGACAUUUUUUUUUUACGAAAAUCAACAUUUAUAACACAAUGGGAUAAUUCUGUUAUUUUUCCAGACAACUUGUCAUGCGACCACGUGACCGGAGAAUUCAAAUGCCGACCCGGUUAUAUAGGGCCGAUAUGUCAACACGUUUGUCCAGCCAAAUCGUACGGUCAGGGAUGCCUGAAAACGUGCAACUGCGAAUUCGGUGACUGCCAUCACGUCACCGGUAUGUAUUUCUCUGGAGUCUACAACCUGUACAACAAUAAAUACAAAAAUAAAUCAUCGAUGACGGAAGCGUAAAAUAAUAGACACGUAUAAUAGAUAAACCUGGGUGCUAUUUGGAUUCCCGAUAUAUUUAGUGCUAAUGUAGUUUAAUCGAUAUUGGUGAAGGUUGGGUUCAUUUUUAAAACGCAGCUUAUCUUUGAUUCCGAGAAAAUUAAAUUAUGAACAUUGGCUCAAUAACAUAAUUGAAUUACUGAGAAGUUGCUGAAUUUAAAAAUGAUCUAAUCUAAAUAACCGCUCUAAAUAGCUUAAGUCACGUAGUUUUAUUAAGACUAAUGCUUUUUAAGUCAAACAAAAAGUACAUCAUAGUGAUUUUAAUGUGUAGUAUUAUAUUUUGUUAGAAUAUUUAUACAUUUAUAUCAUUUGGAUCAAAAAAAAAAAGAGAAAUAAAUCAAAUAAGAUAAAAUUUUAAAAACAAAUUCCAAAAAUUAACUCUAGUCCUUCUUGGGACUAAACAUAUAUUUCAACGGUUGAGAAAACUGCGAAUAAACUUUGCCUCUCAUGCCAUCUUGGUAAUGCAAUCAAAAUAAAUGAGAUGAUAAUAGCUACUUGAAUUUAUUUAAACUCCAAACACCAUAUUAUUUGGAAAAUAAAAUACUGGAAUGCUUAUAUUUGGAAUCUACAAUUUUUUUAUUUCCACAGUAUAAAAGGUUAGGUAAUCUUCUAGAAACUAAAUAGUAAAUUGGACAAUGGGUAGCCACUCUACUUUUCUGUACUACAUUCUUUUCAGUUACGAUUCGAUUAAUAUUUAGCUGAAGUCCAUAUCAUGCACUUUACGUCUGUAAUUUGAAUUGUAUAAUAUAAUAUUUUUUUUACUCCUUAUAAUUUUUGAAAUUAUUUGUAACUUUUGUUUAUUCUUAAGGGGUGUGCCACUGUUAUCCGGGCUGGACUGGUCCGAACUGCACAAAAUCUUGUCUGGCCGGUACGUAUGGUAUAAACUGCGGACUCCGGUGCAAAUGUCAUAAUGGUGGUGCUUGUCGUCCAAUUGACGGUGUCUGUCACUGUAAACCGGGAUACACCGGACCCACAUGUUUAGAAGGUUGGUCAAGAUUUUUCCUCCGUCCGUAUCUAAAUAAAAACAAACGGUUUAUAUAAAAUAUAUAUUUUUAUUUUACAGUAUGUCCCGACCAAUAUUAUGGUGACCAUUGCAUGAAGAUAUGCAACUGUUCCAGUGAAAAGUUCAUAUGCCACGCCGUCGACGGUUGCGUGUGUAGACAAGGUUACACAGGUAUACACACAAUAUACAGGAUAUUUGUUUAUUGUUAAUCUCUGUAAUCACACGAAUAAUUAUGUGGUAACCAAAUUACCAUAUGUUAUAAUUGUCAUACAAAGUCUAUUGUAUUCGUUACUGAUUAUUAUUUGUUAUAACAAUUAGUUUUAAUUUUCCAGGUGAAAACUGCGAUGAACCGGUACACGACAAAAUAGUCGGUUCAUCUGAAACUGAAAAGGGUUCGUCGGGAGCGUCGUUCGCCGGAAUGUUUGUCGCCAUCUUGUCGUUGUCCGCAUUAAUAAUGUUGUUCUUAUACUACCGUAAACGCAUAGCCACUUUAAAGACUGUAAUUGCCGACGUCCAAUAUGGAGCCGAUCCACUGAGCCUAAAUCAAGGUAUUUGUGAAAAUGUGACUAUAUUUCCUAAUUUCGUGAUAUUAUAAUAUCUUCAAUGUUAUGAAAAUGAAUCGAGGCCAUGUUUAAAAAUUAUUUUUUUUUGUAAAGGGGAAAUGGCCAAAAUAUAUAUAUUUUAUAUUAGCAAAUGCUCAAUUUAAAUGUUGACAUUUUGUAAAAAUAUGAUAAAUACAAAUUAUUUUGUAUCAAAUAAAGAUACAGUAUCAGUGGUAGAACGAAUCAAUUACCUAGGUACCUAAAUUAUUGUAGUACCUAUUACUUUUUCUUUGAAGUUUUAAACGAACGAAUAUAAACGUAAUAAUAAUUAUUUAAUAUAAAAUAUAAUGUUUCUUAUAAUUAUGUCUUUUUAUCGUUGAUUUAGACCGAUUCCAUUUCGACAAUCCUGUAUAUUCUUUUGGACAAACCUCGUCGGUGGGCACGGUUGAUGAACACCAAUCAUUGAACAACUGUCAAAUCAAAAACAAUUUGAACAAGCCAAAUAAUCUGUUAAAAGCCGGUUGUUCGUCAACGUUAAUUGAUGACAGUGAAAGCAGUUACAGCGGUGUACCGUCUACCAGCACCGCCUCUUUCAAAAACAGAGAAGCCGAUCUAAACAACCCAAACAUCUAUCAUAGUCUGGACGAUCUUAAAUCGGAGAAUCUUUAUGACGAAAUUGAAGACAAAAAAUUUACUACAGCCGGUAAGAAUUUGUUCAACAAAUCUAUUAAUAACGGUCGCCAGUGACUACAAAAAUAUUCCGUUAUUUUCGAUUUAGGUUUUUGUUAAAAUUUAGUUAAAAAAUAAUUAUGAGACCUGCAAAUUUUACAGAAUACUUACAUAUUUCUUUUUUUUUUUUUAUUCUAACAAAACUGUUAUUGAUAAAAAAAAAAAAGUAAACUCCCAGUGGGGUUGGGCAGUAAAAGAUACAAUUGUUAUCUUGUAUGGUGAUACAUUGUUUUAAAGUAUCAAGUAUCAUAUAUAUUGAUACAUUUUAGACUAGUUUCUUAUUUUGCUAAUAGAUACAAGAUUCUUUAAUUGUAAAAAUGUUUGCUGAAUAAUACCAAUUUCGAUUUGCAGAACACUCAAAACUUAAAAUAAAUGUAACAAUUUUAUAAACUUAUUACUUGUAAGAUAAUUUGAAAAAACAAAUUAAUCUCCGAAUAGGUAUACGACCAUAUGACUAUUUACUCUUACAGUCAUACAAAUAAAAACUAAACUGGAAUUUUCGUUCAAUUAAAAUACGAAUCCUCCACUAUCUAGAUAUGAGUGUAACCGUAUAGCUGAAAACAUUAGAAACUUUGCAUUUUCAAAAUAUUGAAGAUGUGUGUAGGCAGUUUUUCUUCCUCAUUUACAAUAUGCUAGCUAUACAAAUAUAACUAUUCUAAAUAACUAUCUGUCUAUAAAAAAACUGCUUAUAAAAUAUAAUACCAGUCUGUGUUCAUCUGCUCUUGCUAAGCAUUUAUUUUGAUUUGCUAGUUUUGUGCACUCACUCAGUAGAUCUAAUCUAUCUGACAAAACGUUUGAAAAAUUAAUUUUUCUUAAAGGCAAUCAAGAUUUUAUCUCUAAAAACAACAUUUAAUUUUUAUUACUAAACAUUGCAUUAUUAAUUACGACGUGAAGAGUUUAUAAUAUGAAUAUGAUUGAAUGAAUGAUAUAAUUUAUAAACAGUGAUGUAUUAGUUAUAAAUUUAUAAUGUGUUUUCACUUAUUGUAUUUUAUAAGUAUUUAUGUAUAAAUGUAUAUUGUACCUAUAGAUUAUUGACGUUUAAUUAUUAAUAAAAUGCAACUGAAAAUAUAAAAUAUAAAAUAUGGAGUAUCAAUGUAUCAUAUAUCUAUGUUACAUGUAUCAUGGUACUUUUUUUUUUGGUAUCUUGCCCAACCCUAGGUCCCAGUUACGAUGAGAAAUUGAACAAAAACAGGUGCAUCAAAACUAGUUCUUCAGAUUUUUCUAAAUUUUAAUGAAAACACAUUUCCUCUUUAUAAUCACUUAUAAAUAUAUAAUAGUAAAAUUAUUUUUGUUUUCUUUAUUAUAGUAAUAAUAUAAUUUUGUUUAGAACAAGAAUAUGAUCAUUUAGACUAUCAGCGACCCAAUGGUACGUGGAAACCGCAUUACCAACGGAUGUCAACGAGUUUGAAAUCAGACAGUAAGAAGAACAUAAACACCGAAUAA